AUGCCAGAGCAGAGCAACGACUACAGGGUGGUGGUGUUCGGGGCGGGCGGCGUGGGCAAGAGCUCGCUGGUGCUGCGCUUCGUCAAGGGGACCUUCAGGGACACCUACAUCCCCACCAUCGAGGACACCUACCGGCAGGUGAUCAGCUGCGACAAGAGCGUCUGCACCUUGCAGAUCACCGACACCACCGGCAGCCACCAGUUCCCGGCCAUGCAGCGCCUCUCCAUCUCCAAGGGCCACGCUUUCAUCCUGGUCUUCUCGGUGACCAGCAAGCAGUCGCUGGAGGAGCUGAAGCCGAUCUACCAGCAGAUCGUGCAGCUGAAGGGCAGCGUGGAGAGCAUCCCCAUCAUGCUGGUGGGCAACAAGUGCGACGAGACGCAGCGGGAGGUGGAGAGCCGGGAAGGGGAGGCGCUGGCCAAGGAGUGGAAGUGCGCCUUCAUGGAGACCUCGGCCAAGAUGAACUACAACGUCAAGGAGCUCUUCCAGGAGCUGCUCAACCUGGAGAAGAGGAGGAACGUCAGCCUCACCAUCGACGGCAAGCGCUCCAGCAAGCAGAAGAGGACAGACAAAAUCAAGGGGAAGUGCAGCAUCAUGUAG